UGUUGUUGGGUUAGGGAUGGGUUAGGAAAGAACAAGAAGGCUUACCCCGCGUUCGAUGUCUCCCGGACGGCAAAGAUUCUACGCCGUCCGGCCAAUCACGUUCCAUAACCGCAGCCGAGCCCCCACUGACCUUGGACGCAAUUGGCCGGACGACGGUAGAAUCUUCGUCGUCCGAGAGACAUCGAACGCGGGUUUAGAGUUCAGUGGAGCAAGACGAUGUAUUUUGAAUCACAUGCGCAAGUAAUGUCAUCUGUAUUCUGCAUGUACUCUGCAUAAAUAUAUUUCAAUACAAGAGUCUAAAUUUAAAAUGAAGCAAAUGCUUCAAUUAGUUAAAGAAGUAAAUUGGUGGAAGUCAUAAUGCUGCUCAAGAUUUGUGAAAAAAUAUUUUCCCGCGAAGGAAUUGAUCGCAAGAUAUCCUCACUACAUCACUAAUAAUUGUUUUCUUCCUCUUACGCGGCAUCUGCUACGCCAUUUUGUGGUAGUUCAGGGGGAAGAUUCGUAGUGCGAUAACCAGGUGACCGGAUAACGAGGUGGGAGUGUCGUCACAUACCUUGCUAGUGGAGAAGAUAAGGUUGGUGGGAAAAGAGUACCAUGGAGCCGCCACCUACUGGACGCGCCCGCGGACGCGCCCGUGGACGCGGCCGCAGUCAGCAGCAGCAGCAGCAGCAGCCGGGAGCCGACCGGCGACCAGGCGAGCCGGCCACCGUGCAGGCGGCGCAGCCGACUGUGGGGGCGUCGGCAGUUCCGACGGGCGCGGCACCACCGACGCGCGCCAGCCACCACCCGUCUGCGGCGCGCGAGCCGACCACCGCCGACGGCCUGGUGCGCGACAUGUCUGCGCUGCAGGUGGGCAGCAGCGUCGGCGGCAGCACCGAGGCGCAGGCCAGCUCGGGCGGCAACGGCGCCGCCAGCGUGGGCCGCGGCGCCACGCGCGGCCGGCGCGACGGCGGCCCGCGCGAGGCGCGCCAAAUGGAGACCACACGCCCCGAGAAGAUAGUCAGCAAGGUGGGUGGCAUCGGUGCUCCAAUCCAGCUGAUGGUCAACUAUUUCAACGUCGUGGACAAGACGUCAUGGUCCAUCAAGCAGUACCGCGUCGACUUCGACCCGCCCGAGGAUAACACGCGCUUCCGGAAGAAGCUGUUGCGUGCCCACCAAGCGCGUCUGGGUCAGCACUACAUUUUUGACGGCACGAUGCUGUUCCUGGAGAGGAUGCUGCCAGAACAGGAGCUGGAGCUGCUCAGCGUGAAGGAGUCUGACGGAUCGAAGGUGCGAAUUCUCAUCAAGUUCACUCACGAGGUGCCGCCGAUGGAUCAUCAAUUCAUCAACAUCUUCAAUAUCAUCACCAACCAGUGCAUGAGUCUGAUCGGCUACACCAAACUGCGCAAACAGGACAGGGAGUUCUUCGACAUGAAACAGGCUCAGUCGGCCGACCGUGGACAGCUGGAGAUAUGGCCCGGAUACGGGGCGGCCGUCAACCAGUUUGAGCACAACGUGCUCAUGUGCGUCAGCGUGUCGCACAAGGUGCUGCGCAUGGACAGCGUGCUGAACCAGCUGAGCAGCAUCCAGCGCCAGUUCCCACGCGACGCGCGCGCGGCCGCCGAGCGCCGGCUGCUGGGCUGCAUCGUCAUGUGCCGACACAAUCUCCGCAUGUACAAAAUCGACGAGAUCAUGUGGGACAAGACGCCGGCGGCCGAGUUCGACUACAAGGGCACCAAGAUCCCGCUGGCCAAGUAUUACCAGGAGAAGCACAACAUUACCGUCAGCAUGGACCAGCCGCUCCUCCUGUCCAACCCCAAGCGACGCGAGAUGCGCCAGGGCCAAACUGAGCCGUUCUGGCUGGUGCCGGAGCUGUGCAACAUGACGGGCCUCUCUGACGAAAUGCGAAACAACAACAACCUGAUGAAAGAGCUGUCUGGUUUCCUGAACAUGCCACCCCAACAGCGGGCCCAGAAGCUGCACCAGUUCAGCACCCGGCUCAACAGCAGCGAAGAUGUGAAAAGUCUGCUCAGCUUCUGGGGCCUCAAGUUCUCCAGGGAGCUACUGAAGGUGAACGGUCGCGUCCUGCCGAACGAAAAGGUCAAAACCAACCGGGAGACUGAGGCACGCGAUGGCUCCUGGAAUGACGCCGUCAAAACCGGCGUCAGCUCCUACGUCAACCUGUCGCGCUGGCUGCUGUUUUACACGGCGCGCACACAGGAGCAGGCCGCCAAAUGCCUGACCAGCGUCAAGAACGUGGCGCGCAACUUCGGCAUGAUGAUUGACGAGCCGCGCAAGAUCCUGGUGAGCGAGGACCGCGUCCAGGGCUACGUGCAGGCCAUCGAGCAGAACUUUUCGCCGGAGGCGCAGCUAGUGAUGUGCAUCAUCCCCAGCAAAGACAAGACCAAGUAUGACGCCAUCAAGCAGCUGCUGUGUCUGCGCCGUCCGGUGCCCUCCCAGGUGGUCACGGCCCGGCUCAUCCAGACCAACAAGAACACGCUCGGCGUGGCCACAAAGAUCGCGCUGCAGAUGAACUGUAAACUGGGUGGCGUCCCCUGGGAAGUGAAGAUCCCCAUGAGCGGAUCGAUGAUCGUCGGCUAUGACACGUAUCACGAGUCUCAGCACAAGGGCGCCAGCGCCGGCGCCUGGGUGGCCAGUAUGAACGCCAACGCCAGCAAGUACUACUCGCUGGCCACCAUCCACAAGGACAAGGAGGAGAUCUGCUCGCACAUGCAGAGCAACAUGAUGCUGUCCAUGUGCCGCUACCGUGAGAUCAACGGCAGCUUCCCGACCAAUGUCAUCGUCUACCGCGACGGCAUCGGCGAGGGAUCGCUGCGCUACGUGCACCAGCAUGAGAUCGACCGCAUCAAGGCGGCCAUCACCGAGCUGAACGCCCCGACGCGGCUCUGCUUUAUCAUCGUCACCAAGAACAUCAACACGCGCGUGUUCGCGCAGGGGAGAGGCGGCGGCGUGGACAACCCGCCGCCGGGCACUGUGGUUGACGACGUCAUCACCCGUCCGGAGAGGUACGACUUCUACCUCAUCUCGCAGAAGACUCGGAUUGGCACCGUCACCCCCACCAUGUACAACGUGAUUCUGGACGAGACGAGCUACAUGCCCAAGCACCUGCAGAUGCUCUCGUACAAGCUGGCGCACAUGUACUUCAACCUCUCGUCUACGGUGCGUGUGCCAGCGCCGAGCCACUACGCCCACCGUCUGGCGUUCCUGGUGGGCCAGUCUCUGCACCAGCAGCAUCACCUGGACCUGGCCAACGAGCUGUUCUUCCUGUAGGACGGACAGCGCAGCCAAGAGCGGCCGGUGCACAUUCCUGCCGAUGGCGCUCGACGGCCACCCAGCCCAGUACAACCGGCCACCGGGCCGCCAGCACUGUGUCCGUCUCUCUGUGUGUAAAUAUUUCGGACCGGUCCGCGGGAGGUCUGCCGGAGCGCUCCGCCAUCCGCCAAGUGGUGUCGCGCCUGUACCCCCUCCAGCACUCGGGCAGCAGGGUUCAGAGCUUUUCUGAUGUGGAUUAUUUGCUAUGUUCCUGGACUGAGAAGUGGCGCGGGUAGCGCUGGUCCAGCGGAGCGUCCUGUGUUCGUGGCCGUGUGGGAUAGCACUCGGCGGCGGCUGUUCUGCUCUUAGCCAAGAGAAGAUUCGUUCAUCUAAUAAAUAUUUUCGUGAAAA